AUGCCAAAAUGUUUAUAUUGUAAGAAGGUUUUUAUGAACCAGCAGGCGUUGGAUAUUAAUUCUAAUGUAUAUGGGUCUAUUGCACAACAAAAUCCCAGUACCUCAUCUUUUAAUUGCAUAAGCAAUAUUCAAAAUUUUGAAUCUAUUGAAGAACAGGACAUUGAAUUUUUUGAUUAUAGCGAUCUUCAAAGUAAUACAUCAUAUGAAUCUAUUGAAAAACAGGAUGUUGGAUUUUUUGAUCAUAGUGAUCAUAGUGAUUCUCAAAGUAAUAUAUCAGAUAAACAAUCUGAUCUAUCAGACAUUAUAAAUGUUGAUAUUAGUGAAUAUGCUGAAUAUGAUGAUUUGCAUGCUAGAAAACCAAAAGAACCUGAGAACAUAUACCAAGAAUUUUCAUCGGAAGAAUAUGCAGAAUUUAUGCAUAUAAUAACAUGGUUCCAUGUACAAGAUCCACUUGCAAACAGCUUUAUAUGUUUUUUUAACAAAUAUUCAAAUUGCAAUGAUCAUUCAUUACCAUCUACAUCACAAAGUGGGCAGGCGUUUAUUGAGGAUCUUAAUCUUCUAUUCUUUGGCUGA